UCGGAUAACGCGUCCAAAAUCCCAAGCCAAAAAACGGCUGCUUUCGCUUCAACGGAGUCCAAUUUUUUCGUUUGUCUGUUUAUUUUGUUUGAUUUUCUUGUGAAUUUUCGUUUAAUUUCACUGAAAUUCCACAUACAAUUGACCGCGGAUGCACGCGAGAGUGAAAUAGUGCUUUCAUUCGAAGUUCUCAGGUCUAUUAGGCACGAUGGAGUGGCAGUUCGUAAUACCGCGGGUGAACACCGAGCUGCUCAAUUCGGACAAAAACAAUUACUGCGUUGGUCGGGUGCUCGAUUCGCGCGAGAUUCCCGACGCACUGAAAAAUGCACGGGGAAGCAUGAACGAACCAUUCGGAGUGUUCGACCACUUCGAUACGUUCUACUCGGUUAUUGACAACGGGCAGCAACUGUCCGGCACGAAUCUUCUGCGAGCGUACGAUCUUCUGUAUAUCGCCGUUGACCGUUUGGGCAAGAAGCUUGCCGAAGUGCUGGGGAAAUCGGAUCUUCCCAGGGAAGAACGACUGCCGGCGCUGAAUGCAGUCAAAAUGUUGUGCUAUUUGGUCGGGGGCUUGGUCAAGGUGAUCGAUGCUCACGUGAGUUCGGCCAAGGAAGGGACGGGACUGUUGAAGAAAGGAGGGGCCAAAAAGAAUAAGGACAAGGACGAUGAGCUGGAAGCAUUGGACUGGGAUAACAAGCGGAACCGAUGCGUGGUACAGUUGUACAAUUUGUUCCAGUUGCCGCUGGAGAGGCUGUGGGAUCCUCCGGUUUGCGAGGAGUCCUUCGUAGAUGUAAUCUGCGAUAUUUGCUAUCGAACGUUGGAGCAAUCAUACGUAAAGAACAGAUCGCUGGUGGACAGCGUGUUUCAGAUCCUUGGUACUGCGAUCAAACGAUACAAUCACGCCUUGUCCUUCCCAGUACGAACAAUGCAAAUUCUGGAACGCUGUGAGGCUUCCAUCGCUCCGAUUGCUGCCGGGGUAAUGCUUUUGUAUGAAGAAUUUGGAAUCGCAACUAUCUAUCCGGUGUUGAUAAAAGAGCUGAUCGAACGCCUUGGUGCCGAUGCGGCAGAUGCACAAGUCGCUCGGCAUUUCAGUCAGUUUCUGCUGGAGUUAGGUACAUUGGCACCUAAAUUGAUCAUACCGCAUCUUUCAACGUUAAGUGACGAACUGCUCGGUCUGGAAUCCUAUGUGGUGCGAAAUUGCGUACUGCAGAUCAUGGGCGAAGCGAUAGUAACGGAACUGUCGUCGGAAGAGCUGACGGAUGAAUUGAAGGAAACCAGAGACGAAUUCUUACAGGAUUUGUGGAGUCACAUGAUGGACGUUUCGGCUCACGUCCGAUCCAAGGUUUUGCAGAUUUGGCAUCAUGUGGAACGGAAUAAUGCCGUUCCGUUGACAUGGAGGCAUCAAAUCCUGGAAAGGGCCGUCGAACGACUCGAAGAUAAAGCGCUGCUGGUACGAAAAAAUGCUAUUGCGCUGAUCAAAGCCUUUCUGGAACAUAAUCCAUUUUCAGCUAAGUUAUCGCUUGCCGAGUUGCGGAACCAGUAUGAGGAAGCCGAUAAGAAACUCCAGGAGAUUCGUGACAAGAUGGUCGAGCAGGAUACGGCCCUGAAGAAAACCGAAGAAGACUGGGAGGACCUGACGGUGCAGAUGUAUCCCAUAUUCUCCGAAGAGCUCUCGCGCCAGAGCUCGUCGGAUGAAGCUUCGCAGAUAGUCGGCACGGACGCGGAUGUCGAAUCGUUGGUCAAAGACAUUGGUACCAUUAUCGAGGGUCAACGGUACAAAGAGCUGCUUGAAUUGGCAUGUAAGGUGGACUACGCCAUUGGAAAUACAGAGACGCGAAAAACAUUGAACGUGGAACAGCAGUGCGUUUACUUCCUGGCUGUGCUAAAGAGCUACUUUAUCAAUAACCGCCACGGGGCAAAUUUGAACGACGAGUUUCAGAAAAUUGAGAACGAGGUCAAUUUUAUGAAAGAUUCGAUUCGAUUCUCGGAAAUUGUCUCAGAUGCGGUGCCCAAGCUACAGGACAUGUUGAUGUCGAAAUCGCAUUCGGAUGUGUUCGAAGCGAUCGAUUUCUUCACUUCGGCCUAUCUGUUUGGCAUAAAGGGAACUGAGUGCGGCAUGCAGCAAAUGUUGUAUCUAGUUUGGUCAUCCGACGCGGAUAAACGCAACAGCGUUGCGGCCGCCUACAAAAGAGUGCUGCUGGAGGUAGAUCUGGAAGGCAGAGCAAAAAAUGUGAAGGUGGUUCGAAACCUGUGUCAAUUCAUGAUCAAUUUGUCGAUGGGCCACUAUACGGCGAUGGAAGUGCUGGUCAAAGAGUGGGUCGAGAGUGGUGACUUAGAUGCUCAAAUGAUUCAAGUUAUGUUCGAGAUUUACACAAUGAAGCUGGAAAAUGUAACUCAAUCAGAAUCACGGCAGGCACUCCAACUGCUGAUUAUGGUGUCUGCUGGAAAGCCUUCGGUAGUCUCGGCGAACCAAGCUCUGCUGGAGACGAUCGGGUUUGAGCAGCGUGGAAGGAAGGAUCCCAGAAUUUUCACAGCCACACUAAUGCUUCUUAUGAACUCCAUUCCGAAACCAAAGGAUGGCAUCAAGUAUUACAAACGAUACGAAGCCGAUGCUCCUAUAGUAGAGAAGGUGAGCGACGUGUUUGUGAAACUGUUCUUCAACAGCAAAAUCAACAAUUUCGACACCAUUGGCAACAAAACGUUCGACUUCAUCUAUAAAAUGAUCAACACUCCGGACGUGGUCAGCCAAAACAUUCUCGUCACUAUUUACGAAAAGUUGCACAUUCUCGCCUCAAAGUUUGCCGAACAAGACGACAUUUUGCGCCUUUCACAAGACUCCCUAUCGCAAAUUCCUGGUGCUACUCAGGAAGAAAACAUUCGCUCAUCACAAGGCUCCUCCCAAGCCAGUUCUCGUAAAAGCUCUAUUACGCUACCAACGUUUCUGAUUGCUCGUUUCAUCCUCAUCAUUGGAUAUGUCGCUAUGCGCCAGAUGAUUCAUCUGGAUAUCGACGUCUACAGCAAUCUCAAAUACCGUCAGGAUCUCAAAGAAGAGAUAAAAAAUCGUAAGAAGAAAAACGCUGCCGUCAGCAAGAAUACGCCGAAACGGAAGACCGUGAGCAUGAACGAAUCAGCCAGUAAUGCACUGAAGCGACUUUCCGGUGCCAACAGCAAAGAACAGGAACAGGCGGAAGAGGAAGAACUACUGAGCGGCGCCACCGCCGAAGACACUGUUGCCGAAGAGAUCACCUACAUCUGCGAAACGGAAAUGCUCUAUAACAAAGAAUCGAUGCUGGCCCGCUUCAUUCCCACCAUUAUAGAGAUCUGCAAGCAUCCGAAUCGGCAUAAAGAUGAAUUUCUCCAAAAGUCCAGCACUCUCACCCUAAUCCGCCUCAUGUCCGUUUCGUCUACCUUCUGCGAGAACAACAUGCCCUUCCUGAUGAACAUCCUACAACAUACGAAAAGCAACCAGAUCAAAUGCAACAUCGUCAUUGGCCUCUCAGAUCUAACGUUCCGUUUUCCGAACGUCAUCGAACCCUGGACCAGUCACAUGUACGCCACGCUUCACGAGAAAAACGUUGAGCUGCGUCUCACGGCCGUCAAGAUGCUUUCCAAUCUGAUUCUGCACGAAAUGAUCCGUGUCAAGGGUCAAAUUUCCGAUCUGGCCAUGUGCAUCGUGGAUCCGGUCAAGGACAUCCGCACCAUAACCGAGCAGUUCUUUAAGGAAAUUGCCAACAAAUCCAACAUACUGUACAAUGUCCUACCCGACAUCAUUUCGCGAUUGAGCGAUCCAGCGCUGGAGCUGGAGGAAUCCAAGUACCAAAUCAUCAUGCAGCACAUCAUCGGACUGAUCAACAAGGACAAACAGAUUGAAUCACUGGUCGAGAAGCUGUGCCUGCGGUUCCGGGUGACAAGCGAGCAGCGGCAGUGGCGGGACAUUGCGUUCUGUCUGUCGCUGUUGUCGUACAACGAGAAGACCAUCAAGAAGCUGUCGGAGAACAUUGGAUGCUUUAAGGAUAAGGUGCAGUACGACGAGAUCCAUGGCUCGUUCAAGACCAUCAUCAGCAACACCAGUAAGCUGGCGAAACCGGAACUGAAGGCCGCUGUCGCAGAAUUCGAGAGCCGACUCGACGAGUGUCUUGCUAUCCGCGAGGAAGGAGCAUUAGGUACCGGUGGAGAAGACAACGGUGGUGACGGCUCCGGCUCACCGAAGGCCACCCAGGUGGCCGGCAGUAGCCGUGGAGGAACUCAGAAAGAACAGCAAAAAGCGGUAUCUAAAUCGGCGGUCAAAGGCAGAGGUCCGGUCGCGGGUGGCUCUAGGGCAGGAACUUGUCGAGGUCGUGCGAAGCAGUCUUCGUCGGAGAGUGAUUCGGACAGCGAGGAAGAGAACAUGCCACCGGCUGCUAGUGCGCGAGCAGCCGCACGUGCACGGCAGAAUAAGGGAAAAAAGGUCACGAAGAUCAUCGAGAGUGAUAGUUCAGACACCACGCCUAGACGCAAAACAAAAUGCAUUCAAGCACUCAAUUAGGAUUGCACCAAAUCAAUGUUCAUUUCCGUACACAUCCCACCACACAAUCCAUGCUUUUUUUAAAUUUUAUAUUGAGCAUCCUCCUCUAAAUUUAUUAUUGAUGCCAUUUUAAUGUAUAUUAGAAAACACAUUUUAAAUAUAUUAGUUUGUAUUUAGUUUAUAGUUAGAGCUUUUAAUUAACUGUAGGUUAGAAUGAAUUAGACUAGACAAGAUAGUCAAAGCUUAUUGAUGCAAUAGUGUGCUGCUAGAUGUGUUUCGUAUAAAUCUCGAAUAAAAUCCUGCUGAGAA